AUGGCCGACUCACAAAAGACAGCUAUUGUGUCCGUUUACGAUAAGACUGGUCUGCUCGACCUUGCCAGAGGGCUGAACGACUGCAAUGUCCGCAUCGUCGCGUCCGGUGGUACAGCGAACAUGAUCCGUGAAGCUGGUUUCCCAGUGGAAGAUGUCUCAUCAAUCACACACGCACCAGAGAUGCUAGGUGGCAGAGUGAAGACUUUGCAUCCUGCUGUCCACGGUGGUAUCCUUGCUAGAGAGAUUGAGACAGACCUUACCGAUUUGGAACAGCAACAUAUAGAUAUGAUUGACUUUGUCGUCUGUAACUUGUACCCAUUCAAGGAAACGGUCGCAAAAGUCGGGAUCACGGUCCCAGAGGCCGUAGAGGAGAUAGAUAUCGGUGGUGUCACGCUUUUGAGAGCCGCUGCGAAGAACCAUUCCAGAGUCACCAUCUUGUCAGACCCAACAGACUACGCCAGAUUCCUACACGAGUUGAAACAAAAGGGUGACAUAACCCAGGAGUCAAGGAAUAACUUCGCCCUAAAGGCAUUUGAACACACAGCAAGCUACGACGCGGCAAUUGCCGAUUUCUUCAGGAAGCAGUACUCCGAGGAUGUUCAGAUGCUACCCUUGCGUUACGGUGCAAACCCUCAUCAGAAACCGGCACAAGCGUUCGUCGCAGAGAGGGAAUCCCUGCCGUUCAAAGUGUUGAGUGGAUCCCCCGGGUACAUCAACCUACUGGACGCAUUAAACUCAUGGCCGCUCGUCAAAGAACUGUCCGCUUCGUUGAACCUACCAGCCGCGGCCUCGUUCAAACAUGUCUCUCCAGCAGGUCUUGCUGUCGGUAUCCCCCUGACCGAUAUCGAAAAGCAGGUAUACUUCGUUACAGACAUCGAAAAUAUGUCGCCAUUGGCCUGUGCUUACGCAAGAGCCCGUGGUGCCGAUAGAAUGUCCUCCUUCGGUGACUGGAUCGCAUUGUCCAACAUCGUCGACGUCCCUACAGCAACCAUCAUUUCCAAAGAGGUAUCUGACGGUAUCAUCGCACCAGGUUUCGAGCCGGCAGCUUUGGAGAUCUUGAAAAAUAAGAAGAAGGGGAAGUACUGUGUCCUACAAGUCGAUCCAAACUACAACCCGGGCUUGAUCGAGUCUAGACAGGUCUACGGCGUCACGCUUCAACAAAAGAGGAACGACACCAUCUUUAACCAGUCCUCCUUCAGAGAUAUCGUCUCCGAAAACAAAAACUUAACAGAACAAGCGACUAUCGACUUGACUGUGGCCACCAUCGCAAUCAAAUACACACAGUCGAACUCCGUAUGCUAUGCAAAGAACGGGAUGGUAAUUGGCCUCGGUGCAGGCCAGCAAUCGAGAAUCCACUGUACCAGACUGGCAGGCGAUAAAGCGGACAACUGGUGGUUAAGACAACACCCAAGAGUUUUGGGGUUCAAAUGGGCCAAGGGUGUUAAGAGACCAGAAAAAUCCAAUGCAAUUGAUCUCUUCGUCACAGGGCAGAUUCCUACCGAGGAACCCGAGAAAUCCGAAUACGAAUCGAAGUUUGCAGAAUUACCAACACCUUUGACCGCACAGGAGAAGAAGGAAUGGAUGGCCAAAUUGAACAACGUGUGUCUGUCCUCGGACGCGUUUUUCCCAUUCCCUGAUAACGUGUACAGAGCAGUUAGAUCUGGUGUCAAGUACAUUGCCGCCCCAUCUGGCUCUGUCAUGGAUAAAGCCGUGUUUGCCGCUGCUGACGCCAACGACCUAGUCUACGUGGAAAAUCCAUUCCGUUUGUUCCACCACUGA